UCUCUAGCUUCCAGUGUUCUUCUUCUGCUCUAGGCUUGAACACUAUCAGAAUGCUUAACUAACUAACACCUAAACCAAAACUACACUAACACUUUCAUUUCAAUUCCUCCAAAUCUCUAAUCACUAACCUAACCCCAUUCCCAAAUCACAAUUAUUGGAUCAAUCAUUGAAACAUGGAUAUCUUAUUCGCUCAGAUCCAAGCGGACCUCCGUUCCAACGACGCCCUCCGCCAAUCGGGGGCCCUCCUCCAGGCCCUGCAGCAGUCUGCGGCGGGCCGCGACAUCGCCGUCAUCGCGAAAUCAGCCGUGGAAGAGAUCGUGGCGGCGCCGGCCUCCGCCGUGUGCAAGAAACUCGCCUUCGACGUUAUCCGCUCAACGCGGCUGACCCCUGACUUAUGGGACACCGUCUGCAGCGGCAUCCGCAACGACUUCCACUUCCCCGACCCGGACGUAACCGCAGCCGCCGUGUCGAUCCUCGCAGCCAUCCCGUCGUACCGCCUGGCGAAGCUGAUCGCCGACUGCAACAAGGAAAUCUCCGACUGCUUCGACUCCCCAAGCGACAACCUAAGAUUCUCCAUAACGGAAACCCUCGGCUGUGUCCUCGCACGUGACGACCUCGUCACGCUGUGCGAGAACAAUGUCAACCUCCUUGACAGGGUCUCCGCCUGGUGGGCCCGCAUUGGCGCCAACAUGCUUGACCGAUCCGAUGCCGUUUCGAAGGUUGCUUUCGACUCCGUCGGGCGGCUCUUCCAGGAGUUCAGCUCGAAGCGGAUGAGCAAGCUUGCUGGCGAUAAGCUCGUCGACAGCGAGAAUUCGCUGGCGAUCCGCUCCAAUUGGGUCUCCUCCAUGGUGGAUUUCGUUUGGAAGAAGCGCAGUGCCCUGAUGGCGCGGUCGUUGAUCUUGCCGGUGGAGAAUUUUAGGGCAACUGUGUUUCCGGUGGUGUACUCAGUGAAGGCGGUGGCUUCCGGCAGCGUUGAGGUUAUUCGGAAGCUGUCCAAGUCUUCUGCUGGUGGUGGUGGUGGUGGCAGCAGUGGGAGUGGUGUUGAGGUUGAUUCCAAUGCUGAGAAGUUGGUGGGUGUUUCUGAUGUGGUUACCCACUUGGCACCCUUCUUGGUUUCGUCUUUGGAACCGGCUUUGAUUUAUGAAGUGGGGAUUAAUAUGCUUUAUCUUGCUGAUGUGCCUGGAGGGAAGCCUGAAUGGGCAUCGCAAUCCAUCAUAGCCAUUCUCACACUGUGGGAUAGGCAAGAAUUUGCUUCUGCUAGAGAAAGUAUUGUUAGGGCUGUUGUUACCAAUCUUCAUCUCCUUGAUCUUCACAUGCAGGUAUCACUGUUCAAGAGGCUGCUUUUAAUGGUGAGAAACCUGAGAGCUGAAUCAGAUCGCAUGCAUGCUUUAGCCUGUAUAUGUAGAACAGCUCUUUGUGUUGACCUAUUUGCCAAGGAAAGUGUCCGAAGAGGGCAGAAACCUCUUGCCGGAACUGAUAUUGCUUCCCUUUUUGAGGAUGCCAGAGUGAAUGAUGAUCUUAAUAGCGUUACAAGUAAAAGCAUAUUUAGGGAGGAGUUAGUUGCAUCCCUAGUGGAAAGUUGCUUUCAGCUGUCUCUGCCUUUGUCUGAACAAAAAAACUCGGGCAUGGAGAGCAGGGUCAUUGGAGCUUUGGCAUAUGGAACUGGUUAUGGUGCAUUGAAUUGGACCGAACCUGCUUUGGAAGUGGUGGAAGUUUGUCGGCCUUGCGUUAAAUGGGAUUGUGAUGGUCGCACCUAUGCAAUUGACUGCUACUUGAAGUUGCUUGUUAGGCUAUGUUACAUAUAUGAUACAAGGGGUGGUGUAAAAAGAGUCAAAGACGGAGCUUCUCAGGAUCAAAUUUUGAAUGAGACCAGAUUGCAAAACUUGCAACGCGAACUUGUGAAGGAUUUACGAGAGGUUACUACACCGAGAAUUUCGGCCCGCCUUAUUUGGGUUAUUUCAGAGCACAUAGAUAUCGAAGGAUUGGAUCCACUCCUAGCAGACGACCCGGAUGAUCCUCUUAAUGCCAUUGUAUCAAAUAUUCGCAAGGUUCUAUUCAAUGUUGAUUCAAAUGCAGAAACAACAAAUAGAGUUCAAGAUGUACAGGCAGUUCUCAUCUCUGCUCAACGACUGGGAUCACGCCACCCUAGGGCUGGCCAGUUACUUACCAAAGAGCUUGAGGAGUUUAGGAACAAUAGUUUGGCUGAUUCUGUCAGCAAGCAUCAAUGCCGUUUGAUAUUGCAAAGAAUCAAAUAUGCUUCAGGUCAUCAAGAGAGUAGGUGGGCUGGUGUUACAGCAGCCAGAGGGGAUUACCCAUUUAGCCACCAUAAAUUAACUGUUCAGUUUUAUGAAGCAUCUGCUGCUCAGGAUAGAAAGUUGGAAGGAUUGGUUCACAAGGCUAUUUUAGAGCUAUGGAGACCUGACCCCAGUGAACUAACCCUUUUGCUGACAAAAGGGGUUGAUUCUACUUUACUAAAGGUUCCUCCAACUGCAAUUACUUUGACUGGAAGUAGUGAUCCCUGCUAUGUUGAAGGUUAUCAUUUAGCAGAUUCAAGUGAUGGGAGGAUCACUCUGCAUUUAAAGGUCUUAAACUUAACUGAGCUGGAACUAAAUCGGGUGGAUGUACGUGUGGGAUUAUCCGGUGCAUUGUAUUAUAUGGAUGGUUCUUCUCAAGCAGUGCGACAGUUGCGUAAUCUUGUUUCACAGGAUCCAGUGCUGUGCAGUGUGACAGUUGGUGUUUCCCACUUUGAAAGAUGUGCUCUUUGGGUUCAAGUGUUGUAUUACCCUUUCUAUGGUAGUGGUGCUGUCGGAGACUAUGAAGGUGACUAUGCUGAAGAGGAUCCUCAAAUCAUGAGACAGAAGAGAAGCUUAAGGCCUGAAUUAGGUGAACCUGUGAUUUUAAGAUGUCAACCUUAUAAAAUCCCAUUGACUGAGCUUCUUUUGCCACACCAAAUAUCACCCGUUGAGUUUUUCCGACUGUGGCCCAGUUUGCCGGCUGUUCUAGAAUACACUGGUACAUAUACAUACGAAGGAAGUGGCUUUAAGGCUACUGCAGCCCAGCAGUACGGCACUUCUCCUUUCUUAAGUGGACUGAAAUCCUUGUCUUCCAAGCCAUUCCACAAAGUUUGUUCACAUGUUAUCCGCACGGUGGCAGGGUUUCAGUUGUGUUAUGCUGCUAAAACUUUGCAUGGUGGCUUCUUGGGCUUGAUGAUUUUUGGUGCCAGUGAAGUGAGUAGAAAUGUGGACUUGGGUGAUGAGACGACAACCAUGAUGUGCAAGUUUGUAGUACGAGCAUCUGAUGCAUCUAUUACUAAGGAGAUUGGAUCAGACCUUCAGGGAUGGUUGGAUGACCUUACUGAUGGUGGCGUGGAGUAUAUGCCUGAAGAUGAAGUGAAAGCAGCUGCUGCUGAGAGGCUUCGGAUAUCAAUGGAAAGAAUAGCAUUGUUGAAGGCAGCUCAACCACGACCUAAGACUCCAAAAUCAGAUGAUGAAGAUGAAGAAGAGGAGGAUAACAAAGACAAAAAUAAAGAAAAUAAGGAUGGCGAUGAAGAUGAGAAAAGGAAGGGACCUUCAACACUAUCAAAAUUAACUGCUGAGGAGGCUGAACAUCAAGCUCUUCAAGCAGCAGUGCUACAGGAGUGGCAUAUGCUCUGUAAGGAUAGAAGCACUGAAGUUAACUAACUUUUACCCUUCAUUUUUUUUUUUUUUUUAUUUUCUUCUGGGCUUUCCGAGAAACGAAUGAAUAUAUUCUUUGUACUCGUCUGUUCUUACUUUACAUAUACCAAUUAGGUAGAAACCGAAAUUUGCCAGAGAAACGUUUGAGUGUGUUCUUCUUAUUCCCUUUCUCACUUUUUCUGGAAAGUGCUUUGUACAUGUACCGGCUAUUGAUCUAUAUUUUGAGCAAUCGUUGGAAAUGUC